AUGUCAGAAGAAGCUGCGGCCACACAUGCUGCCAGUCCUGUCGAAUCACCCGAGAAGGCCAACCAGCUGGUUAACGACACGACGGCUGAGACAGAAGUGCAGGAGCAGCAAGCGCAAACAGAGGCUCAGGAUGAGGCCACCUCAGGAGGCAGCCAUAACCCAGCAACUGUUGCAAAAGUGGCAACGGCAGUCGAAGCCGAGGUGCUGGAAGCAGGCUCGUUGAACAACACGGAGGGCGUCCUCAAAGCAAGAACUGAAGUUGAAGGGCUUGACUCUUCUACAGCUACAGCUGCUGUAGAGGAGGAAGGGGCUGCACCGUCUACAGGAGCAGAACGGCCGGCAGCGUCAGCAGAGAAAGACGACACCGACUUCAUCGCACCCGACGUGGAACACAUUGUCAACACUGGAGCGACACAAGAUGGCGCAGCAUCCAUGCAAGCGCUACGAGAGCUGGUCGCUCAGGCGAGAGCAUCGUCGGGGCAGCCGAGAGAGGCCCUUCCCCCUGGAUUUGGCGAUGAUGAUGAAGCCGAAGAGGAUGCAAGCUCUUUACCACCAGCACAAGCACGACGAGGGGAGAAGCGCAAGGCUGAGGCCGAGCUGGAAGAGCUUGUUCAAUCAAGUUCUGGUAUUGACGAGGUCAAAGCAGCGGCAGAGAAGAGCCAACAUCCUGAAACCAAGACCUUGCUUCAAAAAGCUCUGUCCUCUAUCUCUGGCCUUGUCUCGCGUCGCCCAAAAGUUGAAACAACAGUAGCAGCAGCAUCAACAUCAGAACCUUCCGAGCAAGCCAACGUCUCAUCACAGGUGCACCCGAAAGCCGAUGGUGAUGAAGCUGCUUCUAGCGACGAUAGCGACUCGGAUUCAGGUUCAGAAUCAGAUUCAUCGAGCGGCGAUACCUCAGACGACGAGAACGAAGAUGAUGAUGCUCGCAACGUCGGACUAGCGUUGGCUGGAGAUGAGGAGGAGGAGGAUGAAGAGGAAGAGGAGGGAGGACCCGGCGGAAGUACUGUGCCUGCUACAAAGAACGAGAUUCUUGCUCCAGACGUCGAACAACCUGCCGUGAAGGAGCUCGCAAAAGAAGAAAAGCAGACGAUGCGAAAGCUCGGAAAGGUACAUUCGAUCGUUGAUAGCGUCGUCGUGGUCGAGCAGGAUGUACAGCAAUCCAGGCAAGCAGAAUCGACUUCUGCCAACGCAGGCUCCGUUCCUGUUGACAGCACAGGCCGUCGCGGCGAGCGCGAAGGCGAAUACAGCGUACUCGAUACAGGCAGCUUGCUUUGCUUCGAGGAUGGAAAGGUGCUGGGUUUUGUCUUUGAGACAUUCGGAUCAAUCCACAACCCGAUGUACUCGAUUCGUUUCGCUUCAGCCGCCAGCAUCGAUCGUGACAUCGUCAAGGCAGGAAAGCCAAUUUUCUACCUACCUGCACGAAGCACCUAUGUGAUGACUCAGCUGCUUCGGUCGAUGAAAGGCAGCGACGCCAGUAACAUGUGGGACGAAGAAGUAGCGGAGGACGAGAUUGAAUACUCUGAUGACGAGCAGGAGGCGGAAGCCAAGCGUCGGGCCAAGGCAAUCCGAUCCGGCAAGGUCGAUGAACAGGGUAAUCCGAUUGGCGCUGCAUACAACCGUGGCAACAAGCGUCAGAAGCAAGGCGCAGGACAAGGUUCGUCUUCAGGUCAGCACCCUUCGAAUGGAGCGUAUCAACAACAACAGCAGCGUAACGGCAGCCAGUACACUCCACUCCAGCGUCCAACUAACAACACUUCCGUGCCACAGCUAACACGCAAUGCUGGAGGACCAGGUCUGCCUCGGCCUCCUGUGCCUGCUGGCCCUGCGUCCCUUGUGCCGGCUUUCCCGCACGGCCUGGCAUCCUUGCCGCCGAAGCCUAUCGCUGGCCUGCCAUCGAAACCCAACUUUCAGCCUGAGGCAUCUUCGUCAUCCAAUCGAUCGCCUCUUCAGUACGGCAAUGGAGAUGCUACACCUGACUCUGUUCCCAGAUCAAGGAUGAGCACCGCAGAGGGCACAUCUGGCGGUCAGAGCCAUAGCAGGAUGCACAGCGCGGCUGCAAGCAGUCUUCCAGCCAAGCCUGUUGAUGCAGCCGCAUCAGCCGCAGCGCAACAACAUCGCACUCAACCCUCCAUGGGCGGUGCCUCGUCGCCAACACAAGCAUCUCGUCCUGCCUCCAUAGGGCGUGCGACACACCCUCCGUACGGACACCAGGGCUCUUCCGGAUGGUACGGUGGUGCAGGCUCAGCGCCCUCAAGUACACCUGCCUCGCCGGCUGCAUCAUCUAGGCACGCCGGACAAGCAGGUUCCGCAUACAAUCCAGGAGGUGUUGCGGCAGUGGGACCACCUGCGCAAAGUGGCCACUACAAUCCUGCUUAUGCUGGUCACUGGCAGCAAGCUCGACCAACAUACCCGGCCGCAGGGAUGCCUUGGAAUGCGCCACAAGCCUACCAUUCUCCACCAAUGCAAGUGGCUCCAGGAGCGAUGGAUCCUCAGUCAUAUGGCACGCGUGGCGGCUAUGAUGGCUCCCACGGUGGCUAUGGUGCUCCAGCGGGUCCGUUAUGGAACGCUCAGACAUAUCCUGGAUCUCAUUAUCCAGGCUAUGCUGAUCCCUCGUAUCAGAAUGCUGCUGGAGGUCACUAUGCUACAUCAGCUCAAGCCUACGGAUACGGUGGCUAUCCAGGUCAGCCUGCCGGUGCAGAUUCAUACAGUGCCUACGGAUAUGGUGCAUCAGCUGCACAUGCCUCCGCUGCUGCUGCCACUGCCGUGACAACUCCUGCCACACCACAAGGUCAGGAUGGAUACGAUCCGCGAAGCCCAUUGAUGAAGAACAACAACCGGCAGCAGAGCUAG